AUGGCGGACGAGGUGGACUACGAGAGCGACACGGCCAUGGCCGUGGAGGAAGAGGAGGACAAGCCGCAGCAGACCAGGCGCGACGACAGCAAGCGCGUGCUGAAAGGCCGCGGCUCCGGCUCGGCAGCGAUGGACGCGGCGCGCUACCCGGCGGAGAGCGGCGUGUUCGAGAAGCUCAAGCCUUCGUCCUCGUCCUCCUCGUCCUCUAGGGACCACGCGAGCGCCCUCCGCUCCGUGGAGGGCUGGAUCCUGUUCGUCACGGGCGUGCACGAGGAGGCGCAGGAGGAGGACGUGAUGGACGCCUUCGGGGAGGACGCGCAGGUCAAGGACCUGCACCUGAACCUGGACCGGCGCUCGGGCUUCGUCAAGGGCUACGCGCUCGUGGAGUUCGAGCACUUCGAGGACGCCAAGGCGGCCAUGGAGCGCAUGGACGGCCAGGAGAUCCUGGGCAGCACCAUCCACGUGGACUGGGCCUUCCGGAAGGAGUCGGCAGACCGCCGCGCCGGACGCCGAGCCAACCGGCGGUAG